CUUUUGUGUAGUUUGUUUAUUGUUAUCUUGAGUAUUUACGAAAGGACGCAUAAUAACAAAGAAGUAAACCUUGUAUAUUUGAGAAUGGCUGAAAUGGAAGUUCAAAGCAACAAAAUGUCGAUCAUAGAGGAAACACAAACGCAGACUCGGAAAGAAUGUGGAAAAAGGGGUCGAAAACCAGGUAGAAAGACGUCUACUGAAAAAUUGGACAUCAAGGCUAAACUCGAACGCAGUAGGCAAAGUGCUAGAGAAUGUCGGGCUCGGAAGAAACUACGGUAUCAGUACCUUGAGGAACUGGUUGCAGAUCGGGAGAAGGCUGUAGUUGCCUUGAGGGCUGAACUGGAGCGCUUAAUUCAAUGGAAUAGACAACUAAGUGAAAACAGCACUACAAUCAACUAUGACCAGUUGCUCCAAGAAAUCGGGCUCCUCAAACAAGAAUAACCUACUUUACUUCUGAACAUAAAAUAAUUACUUUUAUAAAAAAAUAAUAAUAAAAAAAACUGCUAUC